CUUGCGUAAAUACCGUGGGACAGAGUUGCUGAGCACUGCCACGAGUGAAUUUGACAGAUUUCACUGAUUUAAACCUAAUUGUGGUCAUUUAAAAGCAGUUAUGGCUUCAGAGGAAGUAUUUAAGGUAUCAUCUUUGAAAGGCAAAGUGACUCUGAUCACAGGUGCCAGCUCGGGCAUCGGGGCAGGGACAAGCAUCAUGUUCGCUAAACUUGGUGCCUUACUCGCAUUGAACGGGCGCGACGUGGAAAACCUCACCAACAUAGCCAAACAGUGCACGGACCUGGGUGCUGCCGAGCCCUUGCUUGUACCAGGGGACCUGACUAACGAGGACACUGUAAAGAAGACCGUGGAACUGACCAUUGCCCACUUUGGCCGGCUGGAUGUGCUGAUCAACAGCGCUGGCAUCCUGGCCAUGGGCAGCAUUGAGACAGGUGACCUGGCUCAGUAUGACAAGGUCAUGAACGUCAACGUCAGAUCAGUGUACCAUCUGACUCAGCUGUGUGUGCCCCACCUCAUCAAGACUAAGGGUUCUAUCGUCAAUGUGUCCAGCGUCAACGGGCAACGAUCAUUCCCAGGUGUCCUUGCCUAUUGUAUGUCCAAGUCCGCUAUUGACCAAUUCACAAGAUGCAUAGCACUUGAGCUAGCGUCGAAGCAAGUGCGAGUGAACUCUGUCUGUCCUGGUGUGAUCAUAACAGAUGUCCACAGGAGAGCAGGGCUGGAUGAGGAACAGUAUGCUCAGUUCCUUGAGAAGUGUAAGCAGACCCAUGCCCUGGGGAGACCAGGUGAGGUGGAGGAGGUGGCCCAUGCCAUAGCCUUCCUCGCGUCAGACGCUGCCACUUUCAUUACCGGGGUCAACCUACCCGUGGACGGUGGCCGCCACGCCAUGUGUCCAAGAUAAUAUCCUGUGACGUCAUCAGUGACUGGCAGCCAAUACAAACCUGAACUGUC